AUCUGAAGAAAUUCGCCGCUCUGCGACUGAACAGAGACGAAAGAGAGCUUAGAGAAAGUAGCCCGAGGUACAUUGGUUGUUGCAGUCGGACUACCAGCUUUCUUUAUGAGAUUGAACCCGGUUAUCUGUUGGAUUUGUUUCUAACGUGACCAGGCUGAAGCUUACCAACGCGCUUGAUGCGUGUUUGUGGCGCUUUUUGAGUGCAGAUAAGUUUCCUAGCCUGCUAACCUGAAUCAUUAGCUACGACACACGCAAAUAAACACGGGGCUUGUUGUAAGUUUGUUCUCCUUUCGUAAGCGUUUUAUCGUAAGAGCGAAGGCAGAGGAUGAAUUAAAGAGCGGGAACUUCGCAGGUUGAGCCGUUUGUUCACGCGAAAUAAAGUAAUUCGGCGUCGGCUUUUUGAUUUUAGCCAAUUGGCUAAUGAAGUGCAGUCCUUGUCAGUUAACGAUUGAAUCUGAAGUCUCAACAGAUGUUUGAGUCUACUGUAGAGGUUGCGGGGAAAUCAAGUCGACAGAUAACAUUUAUUUAUUUAUUAAGAAAACGUGUUUGAGAUGUGGACUGAUUGCAGCAUCUCUUGUAGUUUGGCGUAGGACAGGUAACUUAGCAAGCAGCUAGCUGAGGUAUCCAGACGGGGAGGGAGAAGGUGUUCUGACACCGUUUCAAAUAUCAGGUGCCCAGAGUGUCUGAUAUUGGAGCUUCACUUUAAUUUCACCACCUUCCUGAGUCAUGGAGAAGGAUGAAAAUGGUGAAAACAUGGUGGAGACAAUAAAAGACUCGGUAGUUAACUCUGCCUAUAGAUAUUCCAAGGAAGAGCUUUUGGAAAUCAAAGAAUUGCCUAUUUCUAAUGAGAGACCCGAGUGUCUGUCAGAGAAAUAUGACAGCGAUGGGGUCUGGGACCCUGAAAAAUGGCAUGCCUCCCUAUAUCCCUCAGAAAACAGCUGUCCUGCUGAAGGAUACAAGAAAGACUAUACAGAGGACAGAGUUCCACUGAAACGCAGAAUUGCAGAUCCCAGGGAACGUGUAAAAGAUGAUGAUCUGGAGGUGGUUCUUAGCCCACAGCGUCGUAGUUUUGGUAGUGGUUGCCAAGUAGCGCCCACUGCCGUUCCUCGGCGUCCUGUCAGCCCUCUGGAGAACAAAGAGAAUGAAACCCUUCGCCUGGCUGGUACACGCCGCAUAGGGAGCGGCCGUAUCAUACCAUCGCGUGUGUUCGAGAGAGAAGUGCGAGUUGAAAAAGAGAGGGAGAGGGAUCGAGAGCGUGAUUAUAAGGACAAGAGAUUUAGGAGAGACUUUGGAGACAAAAGAGUGUUUAGUGAAAGGAGAAGAAAUGACUCGUAUGCAGAAGAAGAACCAGAGUGGUUCUCUGGUGGGCCCACCAGUCAGUCCGAGACCAUUGAGCUUAUUGGUUUUGAUGACAAGAUUUUGGAGGAUGACAAACGGAGAACCAAACGCUCCAGGAAGAAGCCAGAAUCAGUCAGAGAAGUUGAGUGUAAUGGUGGGCUCUCAGAAGACCCUGGGGUCAUUCAAGAAUCAGGAGCGGAUCAAGAGGUUCCACAUGCGGAGGUUCUUCCUGAGCAGCCCCCUGGAGAAUUUGACUUCAAUGAGUUCUUCAACCUUGAAAAGACCAUGCCUGGCCUGGCUUCGAUGAUUGAGGAUGUUCUCGGUGAGGGUCCGGUCACGGUCAGCCGAUUCAGUCGAUGGUUCUCCAGUAAUUCAGCAAAAAGUCCCUCCGGCAGCUGCUCUAGCAGUCUGCGCUCCACCCCUCACGAAGAGCUUGAGAGACUAGCAGGACUUGAUCCUCAAAUAUUGAAUCAGGGCACGUCCCUGUAUUUUACCCCAAUCCCUUCAGUGGAACACAAGGAGAAGGUUGACAUACUGGAGCUGCUUCAUAAAGCCAACAUCGACCUGAAACCACUACUGUCCAGCCUAAAUGUCAACAAGGCUCGCCUAAAGGAGAGCACAAACUCGGGGGUGGUGUUGUCUUUGGAGGAGGUGGAGGUGGGUCUGAAAGGACUGAAGGUGCAGCCUCAAUCGCUACCUCAGAGGCAGCCGAGCGGAGGAGGCGGUACUCCCUUCAUGGCAGAGCACCUGGAAGAGGCUCUUACGGGAGGAGCCGGGAGUGCCCCACGAACGCGGGACCCUGACAUGUCUGCUUUUAACAAGUUGGUGAGCACCAUGAAGUUACAACAGCAGUCAGUGGAUCCGGCUCUUGUGGCCUUACCUGAGGCUCAGGUACCUGCUCCUCAGCAGAAAAACAUCUUUCAGGAAUUGAUGGUUGCAUCUCAUGGCAGGGCUCCUCCUGCCCCUGUGCCAGGCCUCAUGCAUCCCCGUGCCUCACCCCCACUUUUCCCACAGAGAGCUCCUUUACAGGACUUUUAUCAAGGCAUGACACCUGUAGCAGGGUUCCCUGCUGGUCCACAGAAUGUGUUGGAUCAAAUUCCAGAUUUGCAUCGGGCCAGGACAACACCACAGAUGAGAGCUUUGCCAAUGGGAGUGGAUCAAAGCAGUCUGGAAGCCUUGUUCCAGCAGGAGCUGGCAGCACAUAAUCGCCAACAGUAUCAAAGCUACAAACAGCACACUCAAGAUAAGGCGUAUCGUAACAGACAACCUAGGAUGACUCGUUCUCCUGGACCUCAUCUGCCUGGCCGGACCUCUCCUGGCAGUGCAGUUACUAGUGUGUUGUCCGCAUCCUUCACUCCCACCUCUGUGAUCAAAAAAAUGUACGAGUCGAAAGAGAAAAGUCGAGAUGAUCCUGGGAGCCGACCAGGAAGCAAAGAGGACACCGUGAACUCUCAUAACUCUCAGGAGGAUGGACCUGCAUCACCCAGUUCCUUUCUUGAAGAUGUGGACACCAGUGGCCCUCAGCCCAGUGGGGUAAAGGCAUGCUCCACCCCUGUUCCUAAUCCAAAUCGUAAAGACCCAGACCGACCCAGACCUCCUUCCGCAACCGGCCACCACACUCCCACCUUGCUAUCACCAGGACCUUCCUCUCCCUUCCCCAGACCACAGUUGUACCCAGUCCCUCUGCUUCCCCACGUCCCCUUGGUCAGACCUCCACCCCAGCUUCACCCAAGUGUGAUGCAGAGGAUGCUGGCUCAGGGCAUCCAGCCUCAACAGCUUGGACCCACAUUGUUACAGACAGGCAUGUUUCCUCAAGCUGUAGAUCUGUCUCAGCUGCAGGGUUUGCCCCCAGCCCUUUUGGGGCAACCUCUGUAUCCCCUUGGUCAUCCAGGGCAUCCGCUUAUGGCCCCCAGAGCUGCUGGACAACAUGUACAGUUAGCAGUCAUGCAGCAACAGAUGCAGCAACAGAUGCAACAACAGCAUAGACCCAAUCUGCAUGCGAGUCCAUCAGGAGGCCUCCAGUCACAGAGCCACGGUCCCCAUCGGACGAACCAUGCCCAGCGGAGAGGGGGCAGCCCUACUCUGGGCCUGGCCAAGUGGUUUGGCUCUGAUAUGUUGCAACAGCCCCUCCCUUCCAUGCCUUCAGCUAAAGUAAUCAGUGUCGACGAACUUGAGUUUCGCCAGUGAUGACAUCCUGUAACCAGUCUGUGGGAGUCAAGACACCCCUUCCCUUCCCCACUUCCCUCUAGUUGGAGAUGUGAACUUUGAUUUCUACCAUUAUGUACAGAUGGCUGAGCCCCGUCUAUUUUUCUGUGCUGUCUUGCAGGUGAAGUUUAUUUUUUCCUUUUUUGAAGGCCUAAAAGUUAAAAUGACAAAGGGAAAAAGACGAGUUCCGGACCUUAUUUUUUUCCUGCCGCUAUUGUCAAGUAAUGUAGUUACUCCUUGGUUUUUCUUUGUAUUUUUGUCUUCGGUUCUUGCAGUUAAGAGAGUAAAUAAUGUAUAGGCCUGAAUUGUACAGACUACGGGAAUGGAUGGCUUUUCCACGUUGUACAUAGAAUUUUUUUUGUUUCUUUUCUGUCUGUAUGUGGGGAAGGUUUAUCCUGCUUUGGAGGCAAUGAAAAGUUGCUCUUUCUUUGUCGAGUCACAAACAAUGUUCCACAAUUCCCAUUGGAGGCUGAUCCUGGGUAAGGAAUGGGUGGCACUGCUGUUUUGAUGGAAUGGAGAUGUUCGCAUGUGUAGCGAUGUAAUGCAUCCUCGAUCCAGAUUUACGUGCCCUUGAAACUUUUGCUGGAAUAUUGAAGCCAAAAUGUUCUAAGAACUGGGCCCGGGGACACUCUUCCACCCCAAGAAGCGAAUGCUUGUUGUGCCUUUUCUUUCUUUUUUCUUUUUUUUU